AUGGCUUUCAAUAAAUCGCCAACGGACUCGGAUCCGUUUUUACCUUUUGGGUAUGCGAUAGGCGAAGAUUCUCAGCCGCCCUCGGAUCCUCCACCCGAACCACCCAGCGGCAUGCCCUUGUUGACAGAAGAUGAUUCCAACCUGCUCAACUCUUUCUUUAGCGCUAUGACGAGUGAGCAGUAUGGGCUACCAUCUUUUGGGGAAGGACUGCAAGGACUCCAGUAUGGUAGUGGGUGGAUGGAUGAGCUUCCACCGACCUUUGUGGGCACCACCACGUCGUUCCAAGGACAACACAACCCUCAAUCCGGUGAGCCUUCUUCACUCGGCUUUGAGGGAUCGAAUACGGCUGGAGCGCAAAUGCCACCACCGCCGCCGCCGCCUCAUUCUAAUCCGUAUGGACAGCACAUGCAUAUGAAUCAGCAACAAGAACACCAGUAUCAGCUUCAACAACAGCAGCCGCAGUUUCAACGCACACAAGUUUCACAACAGUUUCAGCAACAUCCGGAAGCGAACGAUCACCAGCAACACCCGAACCAAUCAUACCACCACUCGCAAGAUGUGUUGAGUGCCGCAGCGACUCUGAUAUCCAACAAUGCUGGUAAGCCGCCUGCUCGAUUCAUGAAUGGCUCUGCGCACGGCGCAGGCACACGACAACACGUCCCUCCCUUGGGCCAAAUUCGGCAUCAGCAGCUGGAGGACUUUAAGGAACAAGGGAGGAGAGACUACGCACAAGAGCAGAUGCCAAGAGGGUUUGCAGACUGGAUGAGCCCACAUCAGAAUCGCCAGGGCUCAAGGAGCGCGGUACCGACGGAAAUGCGAUGGGGCUCAGAUACCAAUUUCGGUGGCUCACAAGGCUACACCACCGGCGACCAGAAGGAGAUGGAGUCUAUGGAAAGGCAGCAGCAGAAGCUGUUGAGCUCCCUGGAGGUUAGCAAAAGUGCUGCCAGCACACGUCCCAGCAGUCCCUCGCACGCCCAGACGCAGAGCGACCCGCAGCGGAAGCAAGCGGCUGGUGCAAGUCAUCCGUCAACAUCAGCAGUAGAUGCCCAGGCACCACCAAGAAAGAGACGCAAGAGCAGGGUCACACCCAGUGGGAAGAGUCCCGCGGAAGACGGUGUUCCAGGAGGCACUAGCUCAAAGUCGAAAAAGAGGAUCGGGGACGAACAGAAGGCAGCAUGCGCCUCAACCUCUACCAGCAAGGCUACACCGGGAGGUCGCAAACGAAAAGGCGCGCCGGGGGCUGAUGCAAAGCCCAGUCGGGAGACCCUGACCGAAGCGGAGAAGAAAGAGAAUCACAUCAAGAGCGAGCAAAGGCGGCGAGGUCAGAUUAAGGAAGGCUUCGAAGAUCUGAACAAGCUGGUGCCGGGGCUCCAUGGCGGUGGCUUCAGCAAGAGCAUCCAGCUUUCACAUGCUGCAGAGUGGUUGCUCACAAUCAGGCAAGAGAAUGAGGCGCUGGUCAGGCACUUGGCGUCGCUCGGCAAAAACAUGGGGAGCUGCGCGCUCAUCACUGUAGAAUUAAAGGCUGAGGUAAAGAUCAACAUGAAGUUCUCUGCCUCAGUGCUGGGCGCUGUCGUUGCGUCCCUCGUCGCAGACGGUGCCUCUGCGACUCGCUUGCACGCCGACCGUACGGAGUCUGACUGCGCGGCCCCCGAUGCCAUUCCUGACUUCACCGGUGCGGACUUUCGCAACGUCGGCGUGGUCAUGUUCAACGGCAUCGACAUGGUCGACGUCUAUGGCACGCUCGACCCCUUCUACAUGCUCGCCCUCAUCGAGCAGCAACUAAAGCUGUACCUCAUCGCCGAGACCCUCGACAACGUCACGCCGCGCGGCAGCAUGAACCCGUACAACUCGAGCUUCUACCCCGAGUUCGUCGUCACCAACACGUUCGAUGACGACCUCGACAUUGACCUGCUCAUCGUGCCCGGGGGCAGCGGCGUGCGCGCCCCGGACACCAGCGCCGCAGAAGCCUACCUCCAGAAGAUGUUCCCCAAGGUCAAGGCCUUUAUGACCAUCUGCACCGGCAGCGGGCUCGCCGCCAAGUCGGGCGUGCUCGACGGCCACAUGGCGACCACCAACAAGAAGGCCUGGGCGCAAAUGACAGGAUGGGGCCCGGACGUGCGGUGGGUUUCGCCCGCUCGCUACGUUGUCGACGGCAAGGUCUGGACUUCGUCUGGUGUUACCUCGGGCAUGGACCUUAGUUUUGCCUUUAUCGAGGCAUACUUUGGCCGGGAGAGGGCGGAGUACAUCUGGUCCAUGCAGGAACAUGAGCCACGCGAGUGGGACGAUGACCCCUUCCACACGUACUUUGGUCUCGAGAAUACGGAGACCCAGCCUUGCCCGUGGAGGUGA